AUGAGAUAUGUAAUUGAGGUGAGCUUCUCUGACCUGCCACUCUCCCAGAGAGUUAUCAAUCAUCACGUAAUGUCAUACUCAGAGAAAUUCCUGGCGUGCACUACUUCACUGACACCACUGCUACUAAAGAAUCCACUUCUUUCCAGUCUCACCGUCGAAGAAACGUGCAGAUUUCGUGGUACUACGGAGAACUACGUUGUGGUUUUCACGUUCAUUACGAUUUUCCUGCUAUCAGUCAUCGGUAAUGCGCUGGUCAUUGUGGUCAUUAUGCAGCAACGAGCAAUGCGAUCAAUCACGAACAUCUAUCUUUUGAACCUAGCCAUCACUGAUCUGAUGCUUUCCGUUGUAUGUAUGCCGCCAACACUUUUUUCCAUGGUGAUGAAUUGUUGGAUUUUUGGUAACACCCUUUGCAAAGUAUUCGCCUACUUGCAACGUAGCCAUGGUUGUGACGGCGUCUGCAUAUACACUGAAUCGCGCGCUCGCCAGCGACAAUCGCACGCGUAUGCGAUGAUUAUGUUGGUAUGGGUAGUGGCGUUGGCAGCGAAUGUACUGAUGUUAUUCAUGUACGAAGAAAGGCCUUAUAAUGGAAACGGUCUUAUGUGCUCACCAAUUCACAAACCUUUAUACCAUUUCGUAUACAUGACGAUCGUGUUGCUAGCAGUGCCAUUGGUAAUUAUGACAGUCUUGUAUGGAUCAGUUAUUCGUACGUUAAGACUCGGGAUUCGCCUUGAAAUCGCUGCAGUCGAUUCCAUAGAUCAAGAAAGUGGGUGGAGUUUUGUAGUAGUCUACGGUCUACGCAUAUACAGAAAAGUGCCGUUGCUAAGCAACGAGUUAUUAAGUAAGUCAAUUCAUAGAAUUUCUUCUCUUCGAAUCGUUGUUGUGAUUAUUUUUUUCUGCUGUUGGACACCAUCCUAUAUAUGGUGGCUGUUGUUGAUGGCUGGAGAUUCUUUCAAGAGUCUAGAACUGAAUGUCUGGAACUCGGAUUUGAACACGUUCAUCACAUUGCUCACCUACAUUUCAUCGUGUACAAAUCCGAUCACUUAUUGUUUUUUGAACAAGAAGUUCCGUACGGCUAUUUAUGCAAUGUUCGGUCGGAAGAAAACGUUGCGACAUCACUUUCAAAAGGUGCGUCUUAUAAAGGAAACUAGUUCACGUAACAUUAUUUAA